AUGGCGGGCCACCAUCGACCAAGCCGUGUGACGCUGACUCCUGGGUCGGCUCACGGCUCACCUGGGCGCUCGGUGCUGCCUCCAGCCGAGAGGCAGGCCCGCACGACCGCCCCACCACCGACCCGCUACCAGUACGGAAUCGGCAAUGCAGCGGACGCCCACGCCGCCGACCACCAGCCCGCCGCCGACCCCGUGGCCCCCGCCGCCGACCACCAGCCCGUCGUCGGCCCCGUGCCCCCCGCCGCGCCGCCCCUGCCCCCCGCCGCGCCACCCCUGCCCCACGCCGCGCCGCCCGCUCCCCCCGCCGCGCCGCUCGUGCCCCCAGCGCUGACUUUCUUGAUCUUCGCCGGGUGCAGCUGUAAGCUUGCUCACAACGUCCCCUCGUACGACAUGGCCUCCGCCGAGCCGCCCCAGGACCCCGCCGCAGCCUUCGUCGAGCUCAGCUUCACCCUCGCCGACAAUCUCGACGACUAUGAUGUGGCCCGCACCGCCCACACGGAGGCGCUCGCCGGGCCAGAAGCUGUCGCGGCGCCGGCAGCCGUCGCCGCGUCCGUCGUCGCGGCCGCAGCAAGUGGGAGGGCCCUCGCGGAGGACCUCACCGUGCUGUCGCAGGGGAUCACGGCGCACGCGGCGUCCCUCCCGGCGCACGAGGCCGCGCUCGCCGACGCGUUCGCCGCGCUCGCCCACGCCUGCACCACGGACGCGCAGCGCCUCACCGAGCAUGCGGACGUCCUCUCCGGGUACGCCGCGGGCCUCGCCGCCGGCGUCGCGCCGGCCGCGCCCGCUCCCCUGAACCCAAUCGAGGAAUUGGCGCCUUUUGAGCCUCCGCACGAGGAUUUGGAGGACUAGGAGGACUAGGACAACUCGACUGCCUCACGCGUGUAGAAAGUUACAAACCAUACAAAUUUUUGGCUAAUUGAUGUGUUGAAAUCUUGAGAACAGGAUCUAGAUAGUGUUUUCACUCGUCACGUCGUUAAUGCGACGUGAUACCUUUGUUGCAGUGAAGUGAUGCGUUCACUGGGCAAAUGGUAAAUGUAUAUAUUUGAGUGAAGUUUUUAUCCGGAACCUGGGUGAUAGUCUUGCACAAGAAUUGUACAGUUAAAUUCGAUCCAUUUGCUUAGAUGAGAAGUAGGAAUUUAACUGUGAUAGUAACCGAACAAUUAGUAUGUUGUUGUGAACUGGCCAUGUAUUCUUGGUCUUGGUGUUAUGCAUCUCAUGCUGUU